AUGUUAAACGCCGCUCGUGAAGAAGACGUAGGAUGCGCGCAAGCAAAUCUGACCACCAUGGAAGACCGGUCUCGCCGGGCUAUUUGCCAAUCAGUCAAUUCCACGUCUCAUGUGUUGAGGGGCGGAAGUAAACAGUACAACAUCCUAAAUGAAAGUUCGCAAACGUCCUGUAGCACGAUUACGGCAGACGAUCGACUGAACCAUGAAGGCUUCGUGUUUCCUCUUAUUCCUGUUCCUGACCUGCGCCUUGACGGUUCCAAUCGGAAGCUCCCACGUCAAAAUGCUCAAACCCGAAUGGAAUGCAGACGCCGACGCCCCCGACUACGUGCCAAGGGCCAGCAGGAAUGCGCAUGCACAUCUUCGUCACGUUUCGAAGAGAACCCGCGGUGAUCUCAUCUGGCAUUGAAAAGGCAGACUCUUUGCAAUGGACACGGAUGUCAAGUGCACGGAUGCUGUCCAGAUCCAGUCUUGGGUAGCAACUAAGAUAUAACUAACUUGUAAUUGUAGCUAGUUACUUUUUGCAGUAACCAGUUACCGUAACCAGAUAUACUCUUCUACAAAGGUAACUUUUAACUGAAACUGUAAAAUGUAACUCUAACUAAGUGGUUCAGGUAUUGUCAUAUUUUCCACGUGCCUGUUUCCUAGUGUCUUCUCGUCGGGGCUUCAAAUACACUGUCUUUUUUCCAAAUCAAGAA